AUGUGUUACAUCUUGUUGACUGUGGGUGGUGUAUACCUGCUUUUAAGUACUGACACCAACCAGAGGGACAGAUCAGCUACAGGAGAGCCUCCGUUGUCCACUCAGAGCUGUAUGACAGCUAUCAUGCAACUGAUACGUCUGGAAGCUGCAGUCAUGCUUGGGAUUGUUAUUCAGCAGAUGUUCAACAUCAGCAUGUCGUCUCCAUCUUCUGACUGUUCGGCUUCUGUGGAAACCGGCAUGCCACAUUUAUGCAAGAGUGAGCGGGCGUUUUACGGAUGCAUCUGUGGGGAUGAAGGGUGCCAAAUAAAAGGCUCAGAGGUUUGUAACAUGACCAUCCAGACUAUACUGGACCAAUUCCCCUCUCUGCAAGAGUGUGUGUGUGCCUGGGAGGAGGAGCUUUGUGACUCCAUACAAGCUUUGGCCACACAAUGCCACCGAAAGCCAGCAGCUCAGCAGAAGAGGAGAUCAGUGACGGACUGGCAGUCAAGCAGUUUAAUAGGCAACGUCUAUGAUGGUGUUGGAUCCUGCAUGGACCAAAUAGCAAUUUGCAUCAGUGAUGUUGUUUGCAACAAGUACUUAAUACCUGUUCUUCAGGCAUGUAAGGCAGAGCACUGCGACCGUGACCACUGUCUGCAAAUAAUUCAGCAGUUCUAUGGCAGCAUGCCGCGCAAUGUCGCAGAGAUGCUGGUGAUGUGUGAGUGUGAGGCUUCAGAUCAAGACUGUGUGAAUAUGAGAAGUAUUCUGCAUAGUGGCGCAUGUGGAGACGAAGCCUUCAUCUGUCAGGAAACAGUUAACCGCUGUGUCAAGGACAGUAACUGCAGAGACCUUUUAAAAAAUUUCCAAACCAAAUGUUGGAGCACUGAUGAUGCACAAUGCAGUGACAGCGAACUUCAAAAUGGUGACUGUUUCACUCAGAUGGAUCCAGCUAUUAUCCUUGGUGCAGAUCCUGAAUGUAAAAUGGCCUUCUUGGCCACCAUGGGCACAGCACUUCACUAUCCUUGUACUUGUAAUGGAGUGCUCAAUGAUGAUCUACUGACAUGCAACAUGAUUCAUAAUGUACUUCAUAAUAGAUCGAACUUCAUGACAUCUUGGAAAAGUAGCAGCGGUCCUUCUAAACCUCCUGAAAUGGAUGAAUAUGAGCAAGGUCACACAUGGCCACAUGAUUAUCUACUGUAUGCUUUUACAACUGUGCUACUUGUUGGAGUUGUUGUAUUAAUGCCUCUGGCUGUCAUCAGUAAAAUAUGGAUGUUCAGAAGAAGAGAUAAGACAAAAUUUCACCAUCCACAAAAAAGCAAUUGUGUUGUUGUUCUCUGAUGCAAUUCAUAUGUUAAUGA